AUUUCCAGAUAAACACGGCAUUUCUAUCACAACCACCACCACCCCAUAAAAAGAUUCUAUAUAGCAGACAAGUGAUAUUGAUGAUUUUACCAAACUCACAUAAUAAACCCAUAAUGGCGACGAGAACUCCAUUGUCUACGAUAGCACUUGCGUUUGAUGAUUUAUCGCAGUCGUUGGAGUGUCGAGCCAAGGAGGAAGGGUUCCGGUUGGACGAGUUGUGUCAUGCGUGUUCUCUAGUUUCUGUUCUUUUUAAUUCUCUCGGCCUCGCCUUCAGAUUCGCCGAGAUGGAGUAUGUGGCCAAGGUAGGUAAUCUUGCUGAAGCAUCGAGGAGAUUCGGCACUAUAGAAAAUAUACUCGAUGUAGACGUUGCUAAUGGGACGGUGAAGAAACAAAGAAGCCAUUCGCGUGAUCUGCGUCGAGUUAGACAGGGUCUUGACCUCAUCCGAGCCUUGUUUGAAGAAUUCCUGUCAUCCAAGGAUUAUUCAUUGAGAAAUGCAGCUUCAACGGCUUAUGCUCAAGUAUGUGCACCGUAUCACACGUGGGCUGUAAGGACGGCUGUUUCUGCCGGAAUGCAUACCCUUCCCACAAGGGAACAACUUUUGCAGAAACUCAACGAAACAGAUCAUUCAGCGAAGAAUAAGAUGAAAAGGUAUAUCAGAGCUUCAGGCCAAGUCAUAGAUUACAUCGAUAAGCUUUAUAUUUCCAGAAAGAUCAGCUUGGACUGGUGAAUUCUUUAACUGGGAAAUUUAAUAUGUAGGUGCGGGAAAAAAUAAUUUCAGAUAAAAAUAAUACUAAUCUUUUUGUUUAA